CACCAGACUCAGUCUCAAGAGAAAUGGGGGGUUCAGAGAGCAAAGAGUCCGCUGGACCUCAGGUUACUCGGCAAGAGUUCAAACAUCUCCAUUCAAAAUAUGAACAAUUGUUUAAAUCUGAACAUUCUUUUCAAGAAGGACUUGUGCCGUUAAGUAAGGAGUUAUCCACAAAUCUCUACCACUACAUCAGUGGUAUCCAGACACCUUCCAGUCACCACAAACACAAACAUGGGGUGACGCUGAAGCAGUUCCAAGAGUUUGCGGAGCAUGCAUUGACAGGGAGCUUUGAAGAAAAGGCAACCAUUUUCUGUGGUAUGAAAAAUUCCAGGGAGAUUAGUGGAGCAGAUGUCUCCAAUGUGAUAACCAGUUUGCUUGACGUGUACAAACAUUAUGUGACCCAAAGUCCUCGUUGGAGAGGCAUCCAUACCAUGAAGACUGGUGGAAACCAGCAGUUUCUUUCCUACCUUACAAAGGGACUAACAGGCAGUGAUGAGAAUGAGAAGCUGUCCAUCAGUGACAUAGAGACCUGGAUGUCCAAAUCACCACAUCUGAUGAACGUUUUGGACACCGUGUUCAGUGUUCUGUUCCAGUUUGAUAGCACGAAUGAAAUUAUGGAGAAUAUUUCUGCAAUGGUGCCCAUUCCAGCAUUCAUCGGUCAUCGUGAUCAAGCAGUACAAAGUGUUUUGGACCAUGAUUCUGUAUUGUAUCUGAACUAUAACCUUCCCACAAUGCAUCAGUCUCAUUGGCGGUUUCUGUUCAGCAAUACUGUGUAUGGAGACAGCUUUUCUCAGCUCCUGGCUCACAUCACAAACCAAGGCCCCACCCUCCUGGUGAUCAGGGACAAGAAGGGGCACUUGUUUGGGGGGAUGGCUGUCGACAGCUGGGAGUGCAGGGCAAAAUUUUAUGGCUCCGCUUCAUGUUUCCUGUUUACACUGAGACCACAUUAUGGCAUCUACACACCAACAAUGUAUAAUGAAAACUUUAUGUACCUCAAUCAAGGCCAGGAAACUCUACUGAAUGGAUUGGGGAUGGGAGGGCAGAUGAACUACUUUGGUUUGUGGAUAGACAGCAAUUUUAAUCACGGACACAGCAAGGCCAAACCCAAGUGUACGACGUAUGGCAGUCCUCAGCUGUCCGCAGAGCCCGAGUUUGAAGUGGAUAUUGUUGAAGUGUGGGCCCUUGGCCCAGAGAAGAAGAAGGAAGAAGACAGUGAUGAGGAAGGGGAGAGAACUGUAACAAAGAAGAGUAUCCUUCAAAGUGACCCUGAAUCAAAGGCCAUGCUGGAGCUCCUGGGCAAGACCCAGGCCAGCGAAGGGUUCCGGGAACAUGAUGACGACGACGAUCAAUCAGAAGAAAUGAAGAGAAAAAUGAACACCAUUCCCAAACUACUAUAACCAUCUUCACCCUCUAGAGGAGGUACCAACAAGUUGUCCUUAUAUUUUAGAAGCCAAAUCGUGGGCAUUAGAAGGAGACGUUAUUGAAAAUGGAAUUCGUUGCAGACUGCUGGGAUAGAAGUUCUGUAGGAAGUGGCUGAUAAGAGGAUUGUCUACAAAUACUGCUGCUGAUGUGUACAUGCAACUGUGUCUACGUAUGUGGAUUGUCUGUAAAGAUAGAUGUACUGAACAGCUCAAUAUAUGCACUGUACACUACAUUUAACACAGCUCAAUAUAUGCACUGUACACUACAUUUAACACAGCUCUAAUCUAACUAAAAUUUAAAGAUUGGGGGUCAUAUUCUGUGACCUGAAAUAAUACUGACUAAACCAAUCACAGCCUGUCUAACUGCAAAAGUGGAGAAAUUUUAAACCUGUGUUUACGUUUUGUUUGUGCUUGUGAAUAUAUUUGGAGUAAUAGGAUUUGUUUUUGCAUUAUAUCAAUCAAAUGUUGCUAAUCAUAACACAAAUUAAUAUGACACAUUUAUGCACUAUUCCCAGCAGUGUAAUUGAAAUAUUUCUUUAUUAGUAAUACCAGUGCAGUUAAAGCAAGGUCCAUUUAUGCUCCUGGAGUUGCAUAAUAUGCUUGUAGUGUGUUACAAGUCUAUGUGUCAGCUCAUGUGGUAGUUAGCAAAAGGGAGUUAAUCAUCAAUUAAUCAUUUGUGUAGCAUGCAGCAAAUCGACAUAAGACACCUGACAUGAAACCCCCUUCUUACACUGUCAGUAUCACACUGUCACAACGCAAUCUGUUCCUGAUCUCUGCUAAAAUAAAUUUGGGCCUUCACUUUCUGUAAUGUGCAACAUCUUCUUAAACUUUCAUUCUUUUGCAAUGCCUCAGGGUACUACAUAUGACAAAGGAAAAGUUUUUUAUUAUUAUCCAAAUAAUUAGUUAAGAUUCCUACAGAAGUAAUUUCAUUAGCUGACACAAAAGUUACUAUGGCAACGUUGUUAGAUCUUUGAAUGGUAAAAUGCAUGAGCGGAUCAAAGGAUUUAAUUCCAAUUAGAUUGUAAAAUUUCUAUACAUGUUUUGUAAUAACAUGGAGUAAUAUGUACAUUAGAGCUUUGUGUACCUGGACUUAAAAGUUACAAAAAACAACAUCAUAGGAUCACUAAAUUCGUUUCUUUUGUCUUUAAGAUCUGCUUCAGAGAAAUCCCAUUUUCUAAUACAAACAUUCACUUGUCCGAAAUGUGACUUUUAGUGAAGUGUAGCUAAUUUACUUAAUGAUUACUCAACACAUGUAUAUAACUGUGAAGGAGUAUGCAAUGUUUGUUUAACUGUUAUUAUGUAUGAGCAUUCCAUAUGUGUCAUCAGAUUUAAGGAGCUUUUAUAAAUGUAAUGGUGGUGCAAUAUUGGAAAUAUUUCCAAGUGUACAGAUAUGGUCAAUCAUAAUGUAUACAUUUGUCUUUAUAUUCAAAAUGAAGUCUUGCUAUUCAUAAUCAGAUGAUCACACACAAGUAAAAUUGCUACUUGCAGUAUAUUAUUUCCCUCAUUCAAAAAUUUCUCAAGUAGAAACAGUUUCUCGUUCACAGAAAUAAAAUAUCUUUGUCUUCAGUAUGAUUUAAUUGGAAUGUAUGACUUUCUCAAACUAUCUUAAGAUAUAUACCUCAAUGAUUGAAACUCUGUUUUAUUUUCUAUUGAUAUAAAGUUUGUUUAUUAA